UCCACCGAAGACAUUUGCGUACUGCAGUAUUCUUACCCAUAUCCUGAUCAGGAAAUCACGUACAUCUGCGUAGCUCCGUAUUUACACUAGAGAACGUGGGACACGAUGGCUGAAAACAAAGUCAACAUCCCGCACGUGAUCGCUGCAGUGUCUGCAUUUGUCGGGCUGGUUCUUCUAGUUGUUGGUUUGGCGACACCAGGCUGGACAACUGAGGGAGGGCUCCCGGAAGGAGGACCAGGUGCGAUCCAGGCAACCCGUGGUUUUAUUGUUUUCGGGACGCUAAAUCUGGUGUUUGGAGUCAUAUUCUCUGUGACACAGACUAUAAAGAAACCUGUUGUCAACCCGGCAAAAUGUGCUGCUCUGAUGAUAGCCGGAGGUAUUCUGAGUGAUAUCGGCGCCGCCAUCUUUACCGGCUACCAACUUAUUACUUUUCCCGGCGUGCCUUUCGGCUACUCCUUCUACAUGUACCUUACAUGGGCCCAGACCAUCUUCUCUAUUGGCGGGGGUGUGAUCAUUCUGCUGGAGGAACGGAAAGUGACCGAGGAAGACGUUGCUAAUGUACGUGCCCUCAACAAACCCUGA